UGGGAUUGGGAUUCCACAUCCUCUCCUUGUCGAUUCCAAAUCCCCUUCUUCGAUUGCAGUGUUGCGCCUCGCGAAUUCCAACCCCGAUCGCUCGCACGGCCGGCCGCCAUGGAGAGCCCCACGUCGCCGGCGUCGCGGCUGGACUUCUACGACUUCAUCGGCCGCAUGCGCCGCCCCGCCGCCGCCGACCUCUUCCACUCCAUCAGGAGCUUCCUCGCGUCCCUCUCCCAGGGCGGCGAGCCCAACGCCGAGGUCGACGGCGGCAGGGUCCAGACCUUCUUCGCGGAGAUGGAGACCGCCAUCAGGGACCACCCGCUUUGGGCCAAUGCCACCAAUCAGGAAAUCGACAACGCGCUCGAGGGGCUUGAGAAGUAUAUCAUGACCAAAUUGUUCGAUCGAGCCUUCGCUUCAUCCGCGGAGGAUGUGAAAUCCGACAUGGAGAUUUCGGAGAAGAUUGGUCUCUUGCAGCACUUUGUCAGGCCUCAUCACUUGGACAUACCCAAGCUUCUGCACAAUGAGGCAGCGUGGCUGCUUGCAGUUAAAGAGUUGCAAAAGAUUAAUUCCUUCAAAUCACCACGAGAAAAGCUUAGUUGCAUCAUGAGCUGUUGCCAAGUCAUCAAUAACUUGCUGCUAAAUGUGUCAAUGUCAAAUGAUCGAACACUAUCAGGGGCUGAUGAUUUUCUUCCUAUUCUUAUUUACAUUACAAUCAAGGCCAAUCCUCCUCAGUUGCACUCAAAUCUAAAGUUUAUUCAGCUCUUCAGAAGAGAAACAAGGCUUAUCUCUGAAGUCGAAUACUAUCUCACGAACCUCAUUUCAGCAAAGAUGUUUAUAAUGAAUGUUAAUGGACACUCACUGUCCAUGGAGGAAAGUGUGUUCCAGACACAUAUGGAGUCUGCAAGACUUGGUAACCACAUAUCUGUUGCUAGCACUAAUAGUUCACAAGGAUUGGGUACAUCCACACCAGGACAGAACGAGGAAUCUGGUGAUACAGAAGGAUUGAAAUUCCCAUUCAUGGACUCUGAAACUGAAAGCUUGACUCCAGCGGAAGUCAAGCAAUUGCACGAGCUCUACAGGCAAGUAGUCACCAGAUAUACGCUGCUGUCUAAAGCUUUAAGAAAGUUAUCGGUAGAUGAGGAUCAGCUCCUUAAUUCAGUAGAUGAUUGAUGAAGCCAUGUAAAAAUGCUGACCAGAGAUGACAUGUCCUAUUAACCACAUAAUUGAUCGAGAUUGUACACGCACGCAAAGUUUUCCAUUGACUGUAGGAAAGCAAACGAGUUCCAGGCAUCUGCAACAUGGUUCCAGGGAUUCCAGGAUACACUACAGGUAUGGCCAAAUGAUCAUCAGAGUUGAGAAUGGAUUCUUGUGCCUUUGCAUUGCAACUUGCAAGCCCUCUGUAAUAGCGUCCACUUCUGUAAUUUUUAGUUCCUGUCUGCCCCACUCCUUGGAGCUAGCGUAGUCUCUAGGUGUGCGUGAGGAACUGCAUAUGGCACAUGUUGCUGUUGCUGAUCAUGUUCAACCGUUCUACCUCGUACUUCGUAUGUUAUACAGCAAAUCUUCUGUGCUGAAAGGUAUCUGUUUGCCUUGGUGCAAUGGUGGGUGAACGUGGUGACAUUGUGAGACAUAUGCAUGAUUUGCUCAUGAAGUCA